GUUGUGGCUAUAAAGCAGCUUGACCGUAAUGGCUUGCAAGGAAACAGAGAAUUCCUUGUGGAAGUUCUGAUGUUGAGUCUACUCCACCACCCUAACCUUGUUAACCUAAUUGGCUAUUGUGCUGAUGGAGAUCAAAGGCUUUUAGUUUAUGAGUACAUGCCAUUAGGAUCCUUGGAAGAUCAUCUUCAUGACCCUUCUCCAGACAAGAAGCGGCUUGACUGGAACACAAGAAUGAAAAUAGCUGCUGGUGCAGCUAAAGGAUUAGAGUAUUUGCAUGAUAAGGCCAAUCCUCCUGUUAUAUACCGUGAUCUGAAGUGCUCCAACAUUUUGCUCGGAGAGGGAUAUCAUCCCAAGUUAUCUGAUUUUGGCUUGGCAAAGCUUGGUCCUGUUGGUGAUAAAACUCAUGUUUCCACUAGGGUAAUGGGUACUUACGGAUAUUGUGCACCUGAAUAUGCAAUGACUGGACAAUUGACACUAAAAUCAGAUGUUUAUAGCUUUGGGGUUGUUCUUCUGGAGCUUAUCACUGGAAGAAGGGCUAUUGAUAAUUCUAGAGCUGCAGGGGAGCACAAUCUUGUUGCAUGGGCGCGACCCCUUUUCAAGGACAGAAGGAAAUUCUCACAGAUGGCUGACCCAAUGCUUCAGGGUCAGUACCCUGUGAGAGGCUUAUACCAGGCACUUGCUGUUGCUGCUAUGUGUGUUCAGGAGCAGCCUACCAUGAGACCUUUAAUAGCUGAUGUAGUUACUGCUCUCACUUACCUCGCUUCCCAAACUUACGACCCUGAAGCCCAAUCAAAUCAAAAUGCUUCUCGUUUGACAGCACCAGGUACUCCACCUCGAACGAGAAGGGACAGUGAAAAGAGACCUAGCGGCGGAUCUGAAAGGGACCAGUUGAGGGGACUAAAAUGAAAUCAUCCAUUGCUUUAGGUAGAGAAAAUAAUGAAUUCUUCAUAAACGCUUCGAUUCCACCUGCCUUGCUACCAUCACCUGGUGCCAGAACAACGAAAAAUUUUGCCUUGCGGUUUCUGGUGCAGAUCUCAUCUUUUACUCGUUUGGCUGGCUAUUUGGUGUCUGAUAAUCAAAUUUUGUAUCAUUUUCAGAAAACAGGUGCACCUGUUCGAUUCAUGCCUAAAUUCUUCUAGAAAGUAGCUUUCCCAUUCCACUUCUUCUCUUUGUUGUUGUACAUGUGAUCACGGGUCCUUGUAUUUAAACGCAUCUGUUUGGACACCUCGCUCUUCUAUUGAUGUUAUUAUUUUUUCUAAUAUCUGGUUUUAGAUAUAAAAGAGUAUGUUUAUACU